GGCCGUGGGGCGGAGCUGGAGCUGGAGCGGGAGUGGGAGCCGGGGGCAGCGGCUCGGUGCCUGGGCAGCGCCGGUCGAUGUGUCGGCCCGUCGGACGGACGGACGGACGAUGAUGAGCCGAAUGAAAGCGGCGGUCGCUCAGCUAGUCAGCAGCAUCGCUUCUGGCUCUGGCUCCGGCUCCGGCUCCAACCCCGGCGCUGGCCCGGAGUCCUGCGCCCGUUUCCCUUACUCCCGGCCGCUGUUCCUGCUCCUCAGCCCCGACGAGGCGCAGCGAGCGGCGGAUCACAGCAGCAGACCCAUCCUGGCGCCGGGGCAAGGCGGCAGGGGUGCCCUCCCCUGGGACUCGGGGUACGCAGAGGUGAUUAACGGAGGAAAAAGUCCCCUCAAUGAAGAUCAAGCUACCCGUGAAGUAGUAGUUGUGGAGAGUAAGAAUCCAAAGAGCAACAUGGAAUCCAAGGCGAUCAACAAAAAUGGUGAAAAUGUAGACAAGGAAGGGAAGGGAUUUACGUUCCAUUACUGGGCAUUGUUCGAUGGCCAUGCGGGCACUGGUGCUGCGGUGAUUGCCUCGAGACUACUUCACCUCCACAUCUGUGAACAGCUGCGUGACAUUGCGGACAUCCUGCGGGACUGUGAUGUACCUCCCCCGAUCUGCCUCUCCAGCGAGGCCGAGACAGUAACCGCAGAUGGUACAAAGAGCCCUGCACAUGAGGGGGACUGGCAACCCCCCACUGACAACGAGUCAAGGUUCCUGCUGGAGAAGGAAAUCUCACACCAGUGCCUGAUUGUUGGUGCAAUAGAAAACGCCUUCAAGCAGAUGGACAAACAGAUUGAAAGGGAACGAAGCUCCUACUGCAUUCUGGGCGGUUGCUGUGCUCUGGCAGUUAUCUACCUUCUGGGAAAGAUUUACGUGGCAAAUGCAGGUGACAGCAGAGCUAUUCUAAUCCGCAAUGGAGAAAUUAUCCCACUGUCUAAUGAAUUCACCCCGGAAUCUGAGCGGCAGAGAUUGCAGUAUUUAGGAUAUUUACAGCCACAUCUUCUUGGAAAUGAAUUCACGCGCUUGGAAUUUCCGAGGAGGAUUCAACACAGGGAAAUUGGACGCAAGAUGUUGUUCCGCGAUUAUAGCAUGACUGGCUGGGCAUACAAGACUAUCGAAGAGGAUGACUUGAAGUUUCCAUUGGUGUAUGGUGAAGGCAAAAAGGCACGCGUCAUGGCAACCAUAGGAGUAACUCGAGGACUGGGAGAUCAUGAUUUGAAGGUUCACUAUUCUAACAUCCACAUCAAACCUUUCUUGUCCUGCAUGCCAGAGGUCAAAGUAUAUGAUGUGAAAAAAUAUGAGCAUGGUACGGAUGAUGUGAUAGUGAUGGGGACAGACGGGCUGUGGGACGUUGCUUCGGAUCGAGAGGUGGCAGAUGCAGUCAUUCAAAUGCUUUCCAGCUGUGAGCCUGACAACCGCGACAGGUUUACCCUGGCAGCUCAGGACCUGGUGAUGAAAUCCCGUGGAGUUUUGAAGGACCACGGGUGGCGAUUGUCAAACAACAGACUAGGCUCAGGUGAUGACAUCUCAGUCUUUGUCAUUCCUCUUUAUGGGCAAACGUGACCGGCUUUAGAACAAUCCCACCUUGGACUCUGCAAAGACUGCACAAUGGAGCUAUUCAUCUAUAAAUAACAUUCGUUCACUUGUUAAAUUGAUUUGUACCCGGA